AUGGACUCCGUUGAAAGAAAGCAGAGGACCUACAGAUACACAGGUGAAGACAAAGACUACGCAUCUUCACUGGGUCAUACUGGCAAAAGGAAAGGUCAUUAUGAACACACUGGGUACGUGCUCCAGCCUUCAAAAUCCUGAGGUGAUGGUAGAAAUGUGGAGAUAAGAGAUGUUCUCUGGGACCCCUCAGUAAGAUACACACCUUAUGCUGCGCGACCUAAGAAUAGAGAGGACCAGCAUAGGGAGGACAAACUCCAGAUCACAGUGUGGGAAAAUGGCAAAUCUCAAAAGAAAGAAGUGGGGCAGCACCCAGAAGAUAGAACACUGGGGAGCUGGUUCAAGGUCACGAUUCCGUGUAGCAGAAAGUCUGACAAGACACAGCUAAUGAAAUCUGUCCACAGCCUCUGCAGCGUGCCCUUCAUCCCGGUGGAUUUCCAGUGUGACAGAUACCAGAUCCGGUUCUUUGUCCAGGAUGCUAGCACUGCCUCUGCCUUGAAGGAUGUCAGCUACAAGAUGUAUGAUGAGGACAGUUACAAGAUACCUAUUUUUGUCAAUCCCUCAGAAGUACCCUACUCUGUGAAAAAUAGGCUCACGCGAGUACAAAUGGAGCAGCUAAAGCUGGCCCUGAGAAAAAGAUAUGAUGUUUCCCAGCAUGCUCUGGACCUUCAAAAUCUCUACUUUGACCCAGACUUGUUAGAUCAGAAAAUAGAUAUGGUUCUGAGCCGAAGAAGCUGCAUGACUGCCACCCUUCAGAUCAUCCAAGAGGAUUUCCCUGAGCUGCGCUCCUUGAACUUGAGCUGCAACAGACUGUUUCGGUUAGAUAGCUUGUUUGAUGUGGUAGAGAAGGCACCCCAAGUCAAGAUCCUGAACCUCUCUGAAAACAAGCUAAAGACAGCAUGGGAGUUGGAGAAGGUAAAGGGGCUGAAGCUGGAAGAGCUGUGGCUGGAAGGGAACCCCUUGUGCAGCACCUUCCCAGACCAUUCUGCCUAUGUCAGUGCUGUCCUGGACUGUUUCCCAGAGUUGUCUCGCCUGGAUGGCAAGAAGUUACCACUUUCAAGUGUAAUGGACACUGAAGAACCUCAGUUAAUAAGGCCCUAUAAGGAGAGCUUUAAUGGUUCUGAGGCCAUAAAGAAUCAAGUACAGCAAUUCCUGCGGGAGUAUUACUUGAUCUAUGACUAUGGAGACCGCCAGAAUCUCCUCAGCGUUUACGAUGAACAGGCCUGUUUCUCCCUGACCAUUCUGAGUGGCAUGUGUAAGUACUUGAAGGAUGAAGUGGACUUGAAGAAUCCCAAGGAAUUCCAUAAAUACCUUCAGAGGCAGGUGCUGAAGUACAGAAAACAAGACAUUGUGGACUUUCUCCGGGUGUUACCCCAAACCCUGCAUGCCUUCAGUGCUUUCCAGGUGGACAUGUGCUUCCAGACGGAGACGAUGCUCUGUUUUUCUGUCAAAGGGUUAUUCAAGGAAGUGGAGGAGAGGUCUCAGGGAUGCAUUCAUGCCUUCAUGCGUACCUUCAUUGCUACCCUUGACAGGAAGAAUUCAAACCUGUGCAUUGUGAAUGACCAACUUCUUGUGAGGAAUCCAAGCCCUGAUGAGGCCCAGGGUGCCUCUGAAAUACUCUUGCCUACAUCAUGUGCCAGCUUCAAGCUCGCCCCCUCUCAAGAGCAGCAAAGAAUGACACAGGCUUUCUCCAUCCAGUCGGGGAUGAAACUCGAGUGGUCUCAGAAGUGCCUUGAGGACAACGGGUGGGACUACAACAAAGCUGCGGAGGUCUUCACUAUGCUCCAGGCCGAGAACAAGAUCCCAAAGGAAUUCUUCAAAUAG